GUUAGUUCUGUGUUGACUGCGGUUCGAGAAGGUUGACAGUUUUCAUUUUGGCUCGCCCGAAAUUGGUAGACUAUUUACACGAAGUGGUUUUGGAUUUCUGAUUUCUAUUCGAUCCGAUCAAGGCGACCUGCACGAGAUCCGAUCGAGAGAACGUUUUGAGCCUAAACCGACAACAGCUACCCUUUUCCCCGACCGAAUACGAUAUAUACGACGAUAUAGCAACCAGUUUUCGAAUCGCAACGUACCAAGCGCAUUAUUUAUCAGAAAUAUUACUUUCACAGUGGCAAAUAAGUCUCAUUGAAAAUGACUUCAGAAAAAAUCGCCAUGACCCAGCGUGCUAUGGUUGAAGAACAAGAAGCACGAAUUGGAAAUCAAAAAUGGACUCAAUACUUGGCUGCCUUUAUUGCGACAAUUGGUGGGUUCAUCGCGGGUACGGCCCUAGGAUGGACAGCUCCAGCUGGUCCAAUGAUGGAAAACAAUCAGUAUUCAUUCGUUAUAUCAAACGAGAAUCUCGCGUGGAUUGGAGCGUGUAUGCCACUCGGUGCCAUGCUUGGGUGUCCGGUUACAGCUGGCUUAGUCGACAAAUUGGGACGUAAAAACAUGAUGUUAAUGUUGUGCAUACCAACACUUGUUGGUUGGGCAAUGAUAAUAUGGGCAGAAUCUGUGGCGUGGAUCUGUGCUGGCAGACUUUUGACUGGAUUCGCUAGCGGUUCAUUGUCUGUUAUUGUACCCCUGUACACAUCUGAAAUAGCCGAAAAGGAAAUUCGUGGUACUUUGGGUACAUAUUUCCAGUUACAAGUCACCGGAGGAAUUUUAUUCACCUAUGUCAUAGGAUCUUAUUUCAAUGUAUUUGGUCUGACUAUUAUUUGUGCUAUCAUUCCAAUUGUAUACGUGGCUCUGAUGGUUUUAAUUCCAGAAAGUCCAAACUUCCAUCUCAUGAAAGGAAACGUAGAAAAAGCCCGUUUAUCUUUAAGAUAUUUCCGCGGACCUUAUGGCACAGUUGACCAAGAAUUGUCUAUAAUGCAAGACUCGUUAGCGAAGACUGAAAGGGAAAGAGUUCCGUUAAUGGAAGCAUUCCAAACAACACCAGCUAAACGCGGUUUGUUCAUUGGUCUCGGAGUUAUGCUUUUGCAACAGUUUUCUGGAUGCAACGCUGUCAUAUUCUACGCUACGUUUAUCUUUAAAGAAGCCGGCAGCGCAAUGGAACCAAAUACGUCCACAAUCAUCGUUGGUAUUAUGUCGGUACUUGCCACCUAUGUUUCUACACUGAUCGUUGACAGAUUAGGAAGAAAAAUUCUUCUUUUGAGCUCAAUCAUUGUCAUGGCAAUCUGCACGUUGCUAAUCGGUGCAUUCUUCUACAUGAAAGCUUACGAAUACGAUGUAUCAUCAAUUGGAUUUAUUCCACUUACGUCCAUGUGUGUGUUCAUAAUCCUGUUCUCUCUUGGUUUUGGUCCCAUCCCAUGGAUGUUGAUUGGUGAAAUCUUCCCGGCACAAAUCAAAGGUACCGCUUGCUCCGUCGCCUGUAUGGCCAACUGGUUCUUCGCUUUCAUUGUCACGAAAUUCUUUUCGUCGUUGGUAUCUGCUAUUCAUAUAUACAAUACAUUCUGGUUAUUCACAUUGUUCUCCAUAUUGGGUACGUUCUUCGUAAUUUGCAUCGUCCCCGAGACCAAAGGCAAGACGAUGGAUGAAAUUCAAGAAAUGCUCGGCGCGGGAAGUGAUCUCACACCACCAACUCAUGCCAAUGCUUCCAUCGACACCAAAGAAAAAUACUAAAUUAGACUUUACUAGAGGAUUAGAAAAACGUUCCAUCUCCACCUUCCCGAUUAUUAUUAAACAUGGUUAUUUUAUUGAAUCAAUAAUAUGAAUCAUUAAUUUAUACAAACGAAUUGAUAACUGCAUCUGUUGAAGGGUGCUAUCAUUUUAUAGACAAUUAUUUAUUGCAUAAUCAUUAGUGAAUUAAUAAUUAUCGAAUGUAGUUGCAGGAAGGCAGACUUGAAAACAUUAUCUCUUUCUUACAGCAUAAUAUGACUUAUGGCUGUGAUGUAUACUUUUACACUUAGACAAUGAGAAACAUUAUUAACUAGGAAAUUAUUUAUAUUGACAGCUAUAGAAAUCUAUAUAUUAUAUUUAUCAAUUUUUAUAUCAUCAUAUCAUUAUAUUUUAUUUAUGAACAUACUUAACCAUUUCAUUGUUAUAAAACUGAUCAAUUAUAUUGAUUUCUUAUUUAUG